CAUGAGAAAACAGGAAGCAACGAUUAUCUACAGCGUUUUGAUGAAAAUAUCUGCUCUGCAGCGGAUUAAAGAUUGUGCUUUUGUUUGUAUUUUGUCCUUUUUUUUUUAAGGAUGGUAUCUGAAUGUUGAAGAAGCUGGAGACAUGAGCAUCCGGGCUCUGUGGAUAAUUUCCCUAGAAAAGGGAGAACAUGUGUCUUUACGCUUCUCCAAGAGAUUUUCCACUGUGGAACACCGGGCCAAGCUGCUGGCGGGGACAGCGUAUGUCCCUGUCCCUGAUGAGGAUGUGAUGCUGCAGCUCUUGUUAACUGAGCUGGGGCUGUCAGACCCAGACAAGUCCUAUGUGUCUCAGCGGGACAAUUGUUCACACUGCCCGCACUCCCCGGCCCUGGAGCUGCAUGUGAGCGCUCAUGAGCAGGACACCCUCUGGCCUGUGCUGGCUGUUUCUCAUGGACCACUUAUUCUGGCAUGUUUGCCUUUAGUAGAUAUUCCCAUGAAACCACAUCCACCCCUGUCCAGCCUGCUCUCCGUAUCCAAGGGUCUUACACUUCUGUCAGGCCUCCAGACGUUUCUCCUCAGCUCUGGAGGUAAGCCUGACCCUGAAGGACUGGCCUCUCGCCUGGCUCUUCUGCCCUCUGUACUGCUGCAGAUCUGCCCCCUGGGAACUCCCCAGGAUGUCCCUGUUGUUGGAUCUCCUGCUCCCUCCACAGGGGUCAUACCUGUGGGGAACCAGAAGCAGCCUGCCUGGAAGACAGGACUACACCGAGGCAGAGCAGUGGUGAACGUGGCCCUGACUGAGGUGGUGCGCUCUAUGCAGUAUGGGAACCCCAACGGACAAGACCUGUGGGAUGUCUAUGGCACUGUCACGUGUAAAUGUGAAGUGGAGGGUGUCCUUCCUAACGUCACCGUGACCCUGACACUGCCCCCUAACGGCUCUCCGCUGCAGGACAUCUUGGUUCAUCCCUGUGUUACGUCCCUAGACUCCAGCAUCCUCACAGCCAACAGUGUGGACAGCAGCGACAGCUCCGCCUUCUCUGGACCCUACAAGUUCCCCUUCUCCCCUCCUCUAGAACCCUUCAGACUUUGCAGCUAUACUUCCCAGGUUCCGGUGCCACCAAUCCUUGGUUCUUAUCAGCUGAAGAAUGAAGACAGCCUUUUGCACAUAUCAGCCACUUUAAAGCUUCAUGAGAGCGUGAAGAACAGCUUUGACUACUGUGAAGCCCACUUGCCAUUUUUCAACAGAGAUCAGAUGAGUGCUGUGGAUGUUAAAGUAAGCCAUGGACAGUUGGAUGUCUCUAAGGAAAAGAACCUGCUAGUGUGGAUUAUAGGCCAGAAGUUUUCAAAGUCUCGGGAGGUUUCACUGGAAGGCAAAAUCGGCUUUGGCGGGCCGUUGCUAGGACCUACAGACCCCUUGUGCAGUGGAUUGACCGCUUAUAUUAAGUUGUAUUUCAAAGUGCCUGAUCUGACAUUGUCCGGCUGCAGUGUGGACCAACAUUCAGUCCAGGUUUAUUCCACUGCCAAACCCAGAAUCUUCACCACUCGAGAACUUCAAUCGAAAGAGUAUUUCAUCUGGAACUCCACAGGCAAGGCUCCGGUUGCCUCUGGACAGAUGAUACUGUAACUUAACCUGGCAGCCAAACUGUAAACAUGGGUCAAAGUUUAUCUACACACAGAAACGAUUAAAGUGUUUUUGCCUUUUG